CCACCACAGAGUACCAAUCUUCUAUGAACUGCGAGACAAGAGCAAUCCGCCCGUAUGCUGCUGGAGCUGUGCCUGGGAUUCUGUGUUCUUCCCCUCUGUUUGCUUCCCUCUGUCAGAGCUGAUACAGAAGAAACAUGCCAUGAAUUUACAGACCUCGGGUUACACAACUCUGUUGUUGGUACAGAACUGAAGGUCCAGUUGCUAAUUUACACCAGGGAAAAUGCAAACUGUGCCGGGGAUCUGAACCUGGAGAACACAACUGCUUUUAAGUAUCUGGAUGUAACAAGAAAAACAAUAUUCAUCACCCAUGGCUAUCGGCCUACUGGAUCUCCUCCUGUGUGGCUUGAUGAAAUUGUACAAAAAUUGCUUGCUAUUGGUGACUUCAAUGUCAUCUUAGUGGACUGGAACCGAGGAGCCACGACUGUGAUAUAUCACAAUGCUGCUGCAAAAUGCAGGAAAGUGGCCGACGUACUGAAGAACUUUAUUGACAAGAUGUUGGACCAAGGAGGAUCUUUAGACUUAGUCUACAUGAUAGGGGUCAGCCUCGGUGCACACAUUUCUGGAUUCGUUGGGAAAAUGUACAAUGGCUCCAUCAACCGUAUUACUGGCCUGGAUCCAGCCGGUCCAUUAUUCAAUGGGAAGCCCCCUGAGGACAGAUUACACCAUAAUGAUGCACAUUUUGUGGAUGUUAUUCACUCAGAUAUUGAUGGUCUUGGCUACAAGGAUAGCUUAGGAAAUAUUGAUUUCUACCCAAAUGGAGGAACAGACCAACCAGGAUGUCCAAAAUCUAUAUUAUCAGGCUCUGAAUAUUUCAAGUGUGAUCACCAGCGCUCAGUUUUCCUGUAUAUUGCAUCAUUAAAUGAGACUUGCAGUGUUGUUACAUUUCCUUGUGAAACAUACAAGGACUACCGUACUGGGAAAUGUGUGAAUUGCAUGGAAUACGGACACCUUGGCUGUCCAGUAUUAGGUUUUUACGCUGACAAGUGGAGAGAUUAUCUGGUGACGAAGAAUCCUCCAGUGACGAAGGCUUAUUUUGAUACGGCGUCGGUGAAACCGUUUUGCAUAUUUCAUUAUUUCUUGGAUUUUAUUACAACAAACACGAAUACAAGGAUGGGUUAUAUUACCAUUAAAGUUGAAACUACAUAUGGAAACAUUCUACAAUCAAAGUUGGACCAGGAUGCUGCCGUGUUUGAAAAAAAUCAGGAAAUUACCCUCCUAGCCAAGUUUGAUCAAGAUUUUGAGCAGAUUUCAAGAAUCUUCAUCACAUUCACCACUGGAUCUGUAAUUGGACCAAAACACAAGCUGCGAGUUCUAAGAAUGAAGCUCCAGUCCACAGCAGAUCCUAACAGGACAUCAUUCUGCAGAUACGACUUUGUCUUAGAAGAAAACGUUGAAACAGAUUUUCUGCCAGUUCCUUGUGAAAACUCCAACUUUUUUUCCUCAUGUUGCAGUGAAGAUACAUCGCAGUGUCCAGCAAAGAAAUCCCGGUGAUCUUUUAA